GCGGGGCGUCAUGGCGGCCGCCGAGCGCCGCGCCUUUGCGCACAAGAUCAACAGGACAGUGGCUGCUGAGGUGCGGAAACAGGUGUCCCGGGAACGUAGUGGCUCGCCACAUUCCAGCCGACGCUCUGGCAGCAACUUAGGAGUCCCCCUGACAGAGGUCAUUGAGCCUCUGGACUUCGAGGAUGUACUCCUGAGCCGGCCACCAGAGGUUGAGCCUGGUCCCCUCAGGGACUUGGUAGAAUUUCCAGCUGAUGAUCUGGAGCUGCUGCGGCAGCCCCGAGAAUGCCGGACCACAGAAUCUGGGAUCCCAGAGGAUGGAAAACUGGAUGCCCAAGUGAGGGCUGCGGUAGAGAUGUACACCGAGGAUUGGGUCAUCGUACAGAGAAGGUACCAGCACUUGAGUGCAGCAUUCAGCCCCGUCACCACGGAGACUCAGCGAGAGCGACAAAAGGGCCUUGCUCGCCAGGUCUAUGAGCAGGACGCUUCUGGAGAUGAGAGGGCUGGCCCCGAGGACACGGAUGACUCCCGGCGCUGCUCGGGCUCCUCGGAGGACACCCCUCGGAGCAGCGGUGCCUCGGGCAUCUUCGACCUGAGGAACUUGGCUGCGGAUUCGCUGCUGCCCUCGCUGCUGGAGCGGACGGCCCCGGAGGACAUGGACCGGCGCAACGAGGCUCUCCGGCGGCAGAAUCGAGCCCGUGCCCUGCUUGUCCUGUACCCAGCACCCGAUGAGGAUGAGGCUGUGGAACGCUGUAGCCGCCCAGAGCCACCCCGAGAGCAUUUUGGACAGAGGAUCCUAGUUAAAUGCCUGUCACUCAAAUUUGAAAUAGAAGUCGAGCCCAUCUUUGGUAUCUUGGCCUUGUAUGAUGUGCGUGAGAAAAAAAAGAUUUCAGAAAACUUCUACUUCGACUUGAACUCAGACUCCAUGAAGGGCCUGCUUCGGGCCCAUGGCACCCACCCUGCCAUCUCCACCUUGGCCCGCUCUGCCAUCUUCUCCAUCACCUACCCCUCUCCUGACAUCUUCCUGGUUGUCAAGCUGGAAAAGGUGCUUCAGCAGGGAGACAUCAGCGAGUGUUGUGAGCCCUACAUGGUGAUGAAGGAGGUGGACACGGCCAAGAACAAAGAGAAGCUAGAGAAGCUGCGCCUGGCAGCAGAGCAGUUCUGCACCCGGCUGGGCCGCUACCGCAUGCCCUUUGCCUGGACCGCGGUGCACUUGGCCAACAUCGUGAGCAGCGUGGGUCAGGCCGACCGGGACUCAGACUCCGAAGGCGAGCGAAGGCCCACCUGGACCGAGCGCCGCCGUCGGGUACCCCAGGAUCGAUCCAGUACCGGGGACGAUGCCUGCAGCUUCUCUAGCUUCCGCCCAGCCACGUUAACUGUCACCAACUUUUUUAAGCAGGAGGCUGAACGGCUAAGUGAUGAAGACCUUUUCAAAUUCCUGGCAGACAUGAAGAGGCCAUCUUCCCUGCUGAGGCGCCUAAGACCUGUGACAGCUCAACUCAAGAUUGACAUCUCCCCGGCCCCAGAGAACCCACACUUCUGUCUGUCCCCUGAGCUGCUUCAUAUCAAGCCCUAUCCGGACCCCAGGGGACGACCCACAAAGGAGAUCUUAGAGUUCCCUGCCCGAGAGGUCUACACCCCUCACACCUGCUACAGGAACCUGCUCUACGUGUACCCACACAGCCUCAAUUUCAGCAGCCGCCAGGGCUCUGUACGGAACCUUGCCGUGAGAGUCCAGUAUAUGGCCGGCGAGGACCCCAGCCAGGCUCUGCCGGUCAUCUUUGGGAAGUCCAGCUGCAGCGAAUUCACCCGUGAGGCCUUUACGCCAGUGGUCUACCAUAACAAGUCCCCUGAAUUCUAUGAGGAAUUCAAGCUGAGACUUCCAGCCUGUGUCACCGAGAAUCAUCACCUGCUUUUUACUUUCUACCAUGUCAGCUGUCAGCCCCGGCCAGGCACGGCUCUGGAGACACCCGUGGGCUUUACCUGGGUCCCCCUGCUGCAGCAUGGUCGCCUGAGGACCGGCCCCUUCUGCCUGCCUGUGUGUGUGGACCAGCCCCCGCCCGGCUACUCUGUGCUCAGCCCCGACGCGGCACUCCCAGGCAUGCGCUGGGUGGAUGGUCAUAAGGGUGUGUUCAGUGUGGAGCUCACAGCUGCGUCCUCUGUACACCCCCAGGACCCCCACUUGGAUAAGUUCUUCACACUGGUGCAUGUCUUGGAGGAGGGGCCCUUUCCAUUCCGACUGAAGGACACGGUACUGAGCGAGGGCACUGUGGAGCAAGAGCUCCGCGCCAGCCUUGCAGCCCUGCGCCUCGCUAGCCCCGAGCCCCUCGUGGCCUUCUCUCACCAUGUACUGGACACACUCAUGCAUCUGGUCGCACGGCCCCCCGUCAUCGGUGGACAGAUGGUAAACCUAGGCCGAGGGGCCUUUGAAGCAAUGGCUCAUAUAGUCAGCCUUGUCCACCGGAACCUGGAGGCCGUCCAGGAUGCCAGUGGUCACUGCCCCCUGCUGGCCUCCUACAUCCACUAUGCCUUUCGCCUCCCUGGUCCUGAACCUAGUCCCCCAGCUGGGACCCCUCCAGUGAGCAUACAGACUGCCACACAGGCCCAUGGCUCUGGCCACCCCACCAACCUCUACCUGGCGCGCUCAAAGAGCAUCAGCAGCAGCAACCCUGACCUGGCUGUGGCCCCCGGCUCUGUGGACGAUGAGGUCGCCCGCAUCCUAGCCAGCAAGGGCAUCGAUCGCUCACACUCCUGGGUGAAUUCUGCUUACGCUCCGGGAGGCAGCAAGGCUGUGCUGAGACGGGCACUCCCUUACUGUGGGGCUGACCCCAGACAGGCCAUGGACAGCAACUGUGGCCGAGCCUCCUCCUACCUCGAGACCUCCUCCUCUGCCCUGCUGCCCCCCCAGCAGAGACCCACUGUACAGAAGCUGCUUCACGAAGAGCUGGCUCUGCAGUGGGUGGUGAGCGGCAGCACCGUGCGCGAGGCAGUCCUACAGCACGCCUGGUUCUUCUUCAAGCUCAUGGUAAAAAGCAUGGCCUUGCACCUUCUCCUGGGCCAGCGCAUGGACACUCCCCGCAAGCUGCGCUUCCCUGGGCGCUUCCUGGACGAUAUCGUAGCUCUGGUGGGCUCUGUGGGCCUGGAAGUCAUCACCCGUGUCCACAAGGAUGCAGAACUGGCUGAGCGCCUCAACGCCAGCCUGGCUUUCUUCCUCAGCGACCUCCUGUCCCUAGCAGAUCGGGGAUUUGUUUUCAGCCUGGUGCGAGCUCACUACAAGCAGGUGGCCACUCGGCUGCAGUCGGCCCCCAACCCAGCUGCCCUGCUGACCCUGCGCAUGGAUUUCACCCGCAUCCUGUGCAGCCAUGAGCACUAUGUGACCCUCAACCUCCCCUGCUGUCCCUUGUCACCCCCAGCCUCCCCAUCCCCGUCCGUCUCCUCUACCACUUCCCAGAGUUCCACCUUCUCCAGCCAGGCCCCUGACCCCAAGGUGACCAGCAUGUUUGAGCUGAGCGGUCUGUUCCGGCAACAGCACUUCCUGUCAGGACUCCUACUGACCGAGCUGGCUCUGGCCCUGGAACCUGAGGCUGAGGGGGCGUCCCUGUUGCACAAGAAAGCCAUCAGCGCUGUUCAUAGCCUGCUCUGCAGCCAUGACGUGGACCCCCGCUAUGCUGAGGCCACCGUGAAGGCCAGGGUGGCUGAGCUGUACCUGCCGCUGCUGUCCAUCGCACGGGACACACUGCCACGGCUGCAUGACUUUGCUGAGGGUCCAGGUCAGCGGUCAAGAUUGGCCUCCCUGCUGGACUCAGACACAGAAGGUGAAGGGGACAUCGGAGGCACUAUCAACCCAUCUGUGGCCAUGGCAAUUGCUGGUGGGCCCCUGGCCCCUGGCUCCCGGAGCAGCAUCUCUCAGGGACCAUCAGCUGCGUCUCGCUCAGGCUGUUCCCUCUCUGCUGAGUCCAGCCGGACCUUACUGGUGUGUGUGCUGUGGGUCUUGAAAAAUGCAGAGCCAGCCCUCCUGCAGCGCUGGACUGCUGACCUGGCCCUGCCUCAGCUGGGACGCCUCUUGGACUUGCUCUACCUCUGCCUGGCAGCCUUUGAGUACAAGGGAAAAAAGGCCUUUGAGCGUAUCAACAGCCUCACAUUCAAAAAGUCACUGGACAUGAAGGCCCGGCUGGAGGAAGCCAUUCUGGGCACCAUUGGGGCCCGUCAAGAGAUGGUGCGGCGCAGUCGGGAAAGGAGUCCAUUUGGAAACCAGGAGAAUGUUCGCUGGCGUAAAAGCGUCACACACUGGAGACAACCCUCAGAGCGUGUGGACAAAACCAAGGAUGAAAUGGAACACGAAGCCCUGGUGGAUGGGAACUUGGCAACAGAGGUCAGCCUGGUGGUUCUGGAUACCCUGGAGAUCAUUGUGCAGACGGUGAUGCUCUCAGAAGCUCGGGAGAGUGUCCUUGGCGCAGUGCUGAAGGUCGUAUUGUACAGCCUGGGUAGUGCGCAGAGCGCCCUCUUCUUGCAGCACGGCCUGGCCACCCAGCGGGCACUGGUAUCCAAGUUCCCAGAGCUGCUGUUCGAGGAGGACACAGAGCUGUGUGCUGACCUCUGCCUGAGACUUCUGCGACAUUGUGGCAGCCGUGUUAGCACCAUCCGCACUCACGCCAGCGCCUCGCUCUACCUCCUCAUGCGCCAGAACUUCGAGAUUGGCAACAACUUUGCCCGUGUGAAAAUGCUAGUGACCAUGUCCCUGUCGUCUCUUGUGGGGACCACGCAGAACUUCAGUGAAGAGCACCUGAGACGCUCCCUGAAGACCAUCCUCACCUAUGCAGAGGAGGAUGUGGGGCUAAGGGACAGUACCUUUGCUGAACAGGUUCAGGACCUCAUGUUCAAUCUGCACAUGAUCUUGACGGACACGGUGAAGAUGAAGGAGCACCAGGAGGAUCCAGAGAUGCUCAUCGACCUCAUGUACAGAAUUGCCCGGGGCUACCAGGGUUCCCCAGACCUGAGGCUGACAUGGCUGCAGAACAUGGCAGGAAAGCACGCGGAGCUGGGCAACCAUGCAGAGGCUGCCCAGUGCAUGGUGCACGCCGCCGCCCUGGUGGCUGAGUACCUCGCCCUGCUCGAGGACAGCCGCCACCUGCCUGUGGGUUGCGUGUCUUUUCAGAACAUCUCAUCCAAUGUGCUCGAAGAGUCUGCCAUCUCUGAUGACAUCCUGUCGCCUGAUGAAGAAGGCUUCUGCUCAGGGAAGCACUUCACGGAGCUGGGGUUGGUGGGAUUGCUGGAACAGGCGGCAGCCUACUUCACCAUGGGUGGGCUCUAUGAGGCAGUAAACGAGGUGUACAAGAACCUCAUCCCCAUCCUGGAAGCCCACAGGGACUACAAGAAACUGGCUGCGGUGCACGGCAAACUACAGGAGUCCUUCACGAAGAUCAUGCACCAGAGCUCUGGCUGGGAGCGUGUAUUUGGGACAUACUUCCGUGUGGGCUUCUACGGCCCUCGCUUCGGAGACCUGGAUGAGCAGGAGUUUGUUUACAAGGAACCUUCCAUCACGAAGCUAGCAGAAAUAUCACACCGACUAGAGGAGUUCUACACAGAGCGCUUUGGAGACGAUGUGGUGGAGAUUAUCAAAGACUCUAACCCUGUGGACAAGUCCAAGCUUGACCCACAGAAGGCCUACAUCCAGAUAACCUAUGUGGAGCCACACUUCGACACCUACGAGCUCAAGGACCGAGUGACCUACUUCGACCGCAACUAUGGCCUUCGAGCCUUCCUGUUCUGCACGCCCUUCACACCAGAUGGGCGUGCACACGGGGAGCUGGCCGAGCAGCACAAGCGCAAGACGUUGCUCAGCACAGAGCACGCCUUCCCCUACAUCAAGACGCGCAUCCGAGUGUGCCACCGUGAGGAGACCGUGCUCAUGCCAGUGGAGGUGGCCAUUGAGGACAUGCAGAAGAAGACACGGGAGCUGGCCUUUGCCACCGAGCAGGACCCUCCAGAUGCCAAGAUGCUACAGAUGGUGCUCCAAGGCUCCGUGGGGCCCACUGUGAACCAGGGUCCCUUGGAGGUGGCGCAGGUCUUUUUGGCUGAGAUCCCAGAAGAUCCCAAGCUCUUCCGGCAUCACAACAAACUUCGGCUCUGCUUCAAGGAUUUUUGCAAGAAGUGUGAAGAUGCACUUCGGAGGAAUAAGGCCCUGAUUGGACCUGACCAGAAGGAGUACCACCGUGAACUAGAACGCCACUACUGCCGCCUGCGAGAGGCUCUGCAGCCCUUGCUCACCCAGCGCCUGCCUCACCUGAUGGCACCAAGCUCCACCAGCCUCAGGAACUCCUUGAACAGAGCAAGUUUCCGGAAGGCAGACUUCUGACCCCAGAAGCCACACCCCCAAGACCAGCACCCAGGCCUCACCUUCAGCUGUCUGGUCUUGUUGGGAGUCACUCCUCCUGCCCAUCGCCCAUGGAGUGAUGCCAGUGUUCUCGGGCUGAGCUCUCCAUUCCUCUGUGUGCACUGAUGCUUCCUACCUUUGUAAUUUAAAAUGAUUUUUAUAUGCAA